AUGACGGCGACGAACAAAAAGACAAUAGUUUGGUUCAGAAGAGACCUAAGGAUUGAUGACAAUCCAGCAUUAGCAGCUGCUGCUCACGAAGGAUCCGUUUACCCUGUCUUCAUUUGGUGUCCUGAAGAAGAAGGACAGUUUUAUCCAGGAAGGGCUUCAAGAUGGUGGAUGAAACAAUCACUUGCUCACUUAACUCAAUCCUUGAGAUCUCUUGGAUCUGACCUCACUUUAAUCAAAACCCAUAACACGGUCUCCGCUAUCUUAGACUGUAUCCGCGAAACCGGUGCCACGAAAGUCGUCUUCAACCAUCUCUAUGAUCCUGUUUCGCUAGUUAGAGACCAUACCGUAAAGGAGAAGCUAGUGGAACGUGGGAUCUCUGUGCAGAGCUACAAUGGAGAUCUACUGUAUGAGCCGUGGGAGAUUUACUCGGAAAAGGGCAAACCUUUUACGAGUUUUACUUCUUACUGGAAGCAAUGCUUAGACAUGUCCAUUGAAUCCGUUAUGCUUCCUCCUCCUUGGCGGUUAUCUCCAAUCACUGCAGCGCCUGAGGCGGUUUGGGCAUGCUCGAUUGAGGAGUUAGGGCUAGAGAACGAGGCAGAGAAGCCGAGCAAUGCGUUGUUAACUAGAGCUUGGUCUCCAGGGUGGAGCAACGCUGAUAAGAUACUAAACGAGUUCAUCGAGAAGCAGCUGAUGGAUUACGCAAAGAACAGCAAGAAAGUUGUUGGGAACUCGACCUCUCUGCUUUCUCCUUAUCUCCACUUCGGUGAGAUAAGCGUCAGGCGCGUUUUCCAGAGCGCUCGGAUGAAGCAACUCUUAUGGGCAAGAGAUAAGAACAGUGAAGGAGAAGAAAGUGCGGAUCUUUUUCUCAGAGGGAUCGGUCUAAGAGAGUACUCUCGUUACAUAUGUUUCAACUUCCCUUUCACUCACGAGCAGUCGUUGCUGAGUCAUCUCCGGUUUUUCCCUUGGGAUGCCGAUGUUGAAAAGUUCAAGGCUUGGAGACAAGGCAGGACUGGUUAUCCGCUGGUGGAUGCAGGAAUGAGAGAGCUUUGGGCUACUGGAUGGAUGCAUAACAGGAUAAGAGUCAUCGUUUCGAGCUUCGCUGUCAAGUUUCUUCUUCUUCCAUGGAAAUGGGGAAUGAAGUACUUCUGGGAUACUCUUUUGGAUGCUGAUCUUGAAUGUGACAUCAUCGGCUGGCAGUAUAUCUCCGGGAGCUUACCUGAUGGCCACGAGCUUGAUCGCUUGGACAAUCCCGCGAUACAAGGCGCAAAGUAUGACCCUGAAGGUGAGUACAUAAGGCAGUGGCUUCCAGAGCUUGCGAGGUUGCCAACGGAGUGGAUACAUCAUCCAUGGGACGCUCCUUUAACGGUACUCAAAGCUUCAGGUGUGGAGCUCGGAACAAACUAUGCGAAACCCAUUGUAGACAUCGACACGGCUCGCGAGCUGCUCACAAAAGCCAUAUCAAGAACUCGUGAGGCACAGAUCAUGAUCGGAGUAGCACCUGAUGAGAUUGUAGCAGACAGCUUCGAGGCCUUAGAGGGCAAUGCCGUUAAAGAAACCGGUCUUGGACCGUCCACGUCUUCUAACGACCAAGAAGUACCUUCGGGUGUUCGUUACAAUGGGUCGAAGAAGAGAGUGAAGCCCGUGGAAGAAGAAGAGAGAGACGUGAAGAAAUGUAGAGGUAAGAGUGAAGUUAGUAGAGAAGAAAGGGACUUGUUUUCGACAGCUGAGUCUUCUUCUUCUUCUACGGUUAGGAAUGUGUUCUUGGUUUCGCAGUCGUGUUCGUUGGUGUCAGAAGGGAAGAAUUUGGAAGGUGUUCAGGAUUCUUCUGAUCAGAUUGCUACAAGUCUGGGGAAAAAUGGUUGA